GCUCGUGUGCCCCUCCAAAACCCUCGACAAUUUGAACCUCAACACCCAGCAACGUUCGUGGUGAUCGGCAUAGUCACUUCCACAACCUCGAGAAAACCAUGGCGACCUCCGAAAAGGGCGAAAGGCGCGACAAGCUUGAAGGCCAGAUCGACAAGCAGCUCGACAAGCUUCCCAUUGACAAGGAGAGACUGAAGCGAGAGUUCGACCUGUCUCAUUUCGACGUGAACCAGAUCCUGCGGGGCAUCCAGUUGACGCUGGUUGGAGCUCAACGAGCUCUUCAGAACCCCGCCUUGUUUACUUCGGACCACUACCGACAAGCCGGCAUUGCCGUCUUGAGUGGCCUUGCCAUCCGUCUCGUCAUCUCCAUUCCCAUGAUUGGCGUCAGAGUCUUUCUCUGGAUUCUCUCCUUCUUCCUGAGCCUGGAUCAUGUCACUUGGGACGACCAGAUUGUCGGGGGCCUCAACUUCAUCGAGGAAUAUGUCUUGCAGGUCCCCUUUUUCCUCAUGGCGUUGAUGCGUUACGUCACCCCGACUCUCGACAACAUGUUCAUGGACUCACUGAACUGGGUCGACAAGACGUACGUCCAGAAACACAAGCAUGAAGACCCGAACAAGCUUCGAGACAUGUACUAUCCCAACCUUAAGAUGUACAAGGUCAGCGACGGCAGCACCCACACAACUAGCACGGCCGAAGCCAUCAGCAUGUUCUUGUAUCGCUUCGCUCGAAAGGGUGCCAUCUCCCUCGCCGUAUUCGCCCUGUCGUAUCUCCCCGUCGUCGGUCGAUUCGUGCUGCCCGCAGCCAGUUUCUACACAUUCAAUAACGCCGUCGGCUUGGGCCCUGCGUCUGUGAUCUUUGGAACUGGCAUCUUCUUGCCCAAGCGGUACAUUGUCAUCUUCCUGCAGAGUUACUUUGCGUCAAGGAGUUUGAUGAGAGAGCUCCUGGAGCCGUACUUCUCUCGGGUGCACUUUACCAAGGAGCAGAAGAGAAACUGGUUCCGGAACCGCGAGGGAUUGCUGUUCGGCUUCGCCAUUGGGUUCUACACGCUGAUCAAGAUCCCGCUCGUUGGUGUCUUGAUCUACGGUAUCGCAGAGGCCUCAACGGCGUACCUGAUUACCAAGAUUACCGACCCUCCCCCGCCUCCCGCCGAGAAGGCUGCAUUCGCCGCGAGCCAGCAAGAGUGGACGAACAAGCACGAGUUCCUCAACCUUUCCCUCGGCGAUAUUGAUGCCAUUCACCUCAAGUCGCGGCCGGCAAACCCGACAGCCGAUGCGCAAAAGCACGAGUAAGCAAAUCGCUAGGGAAGGGCGAGGCUGCCCGUUCGUCUGUCGCUUUUCGGCGUUCGCUACGUUUAAUUCAAUGGCGUGAACCCAUACAUGCCGGGAUUGGGUGACAUUCCGCGGACGUUUUGCACUGGUCCUUUCUGCAACAGUACGGGUGAACGGGACCGACAAGGCGUAAACGACAGAUGCCGAGAUAAACAACCCCCCGGAUUGCAAUCAAUU